ACUACAGUUCCCACCUAGCAAAGAGACAGGAGGUGGAGGGGGCAGAGGGGAGGGCUAAGGCAAGGAAAGAAAACAAAAGAAAAAUCAUUACCUGCUGGCACAGGUGAGAAAAAAACAGCUCAAAGAAUCAUGCAGUUUUCCAGUUUCGUCAGGGCACCAGACGAGACCUUCGACUAUUUGUUCAAGAUUAUCCUCAUUGGAGACUCGAAUGUGGGAAAGACAUGUGUGGUGCAACACUUUAAAUCUGGAAUCUACACUGACACACAGCAAAAUACAAUUGGUGUGGACUUCACUGUGCGCUCUCUUGAGGUGGAUGGGAAAAAAGUGAAGAUGCAGGUAUGGGACACCGCUGGCCAGGAGCGAUUUCGGACAAUCACCCAGAGCUACUAUAGAAGUGCGAAUGCUGCCAUCAUUGCCUAUGACCUGACAAGGAGAUCCACAUUUGAAUCUGUUCCUCACUGGAUCCAUGAAAUAGAAAAAUAUGGAGCAGCCAAUCUGGUCAUAAUGCUUAUUGGGAACAAGGCUGACCUAUGGGACAAGCGUCACGUUCUUUUUGAAGAUGCUUGCACUCUGGCAGAAAAAUAUGGCCUUCUUGCAGUUUUGGAGACUUCUGCUAAAGAGUCCAAGAACAUUGAUGAAGUAUUCAUGUUAAUGGCAAGAGAGUUGAUUGCCCGGAAUGACCUGAGCUUUUAUGGAGAGAGUCCACAGAACAAUCUCCUCCUGGAUUCUAGUCCAAUUCUCUUAGCUCCGAGUCCAAAUUCGAACAACCACUGCAAUUGUUAAAAGAGGGAGAGACAAAGUGGGGGUGAUAGGGCGUGCUGUGCUGGGGAGGCAAUCUCUGAAACCCAAAUUGGUCAGAAAUCUGGCUAUCCAAUGUGUUAGGUCUUAGACCUUGGAGUGGCUAUUCUGUUAUUCUCUUUCAGUUGCCCAGGCUUCCUUCCAGCAUGGAUGGUUUCUAUUUUUGCUCUCCUGUAUCAACCAAGAGGUGCCUUUUUGGGGGCCAUAUCCAGAGCCUGAAGGAAGUUCAAUUUAAUUCAGGAAGUAUUUGUUACCUGCCUGCUAUGUGCCAGGCAAUUUGCUAGGUUCUGGGAAUAUGAAGACAAAGAUGAACUAGAUUCUGCCUUCAAGGAGUUUACAUACAUUCUAUUAAGAAAAGCUUCCUUUUAAAGGUCAUACUUAGGAGGAGCCUUGAAGGAAAUUCAGGAUCCUAAGGGGCAGAAGUGAGAAAGGAGUGUCUCCAAGGAACAAGCCAUCCUUUUUCCUUAGACUUAAUAUUAAAAUGAGGUUUAAUGUUGGGGGCAGGAAGGCUAGAGAAUGGCUCCCCUUCAUUAGCCCUGGUCAAGUACUGGAUCUGGCUUUUGGCCCCAGUGGUUUCCUUCAGUGUUGAAGAAAAAGAAAGGCCUGCAAGUUGGGAGGAGAGUAGAGCAGAAUAUCAAGAAAAAGGAAAGGAUGGAAAGCAUAUUCUAGAGGGGCCUGCAUCCACUCACAAGUUGGGUUUGGGUUUGUUUUUUUGUUUUUUUAUUUUGGAGGGGAGUGGGGAAUUUGGGUAAAGUGAAAUUAAAUCUGUCAAAGAAUUAGCAGAACUUUGCUUCACAUUUGUUCUCCCCAAACCCACUUAACUCAAAAAAUGACAAAACUCAUGAGUUCCUGGGUUCUAGAAUCAAGAACUAGCAGAACCUUGCUUCAUAUUUGUUCUCCCCAAACCCAUUUAACCUCAGGAAUAACAAAAUUCAUGAGUUCCUGGGUUCUGAAUCAAAGCUCUUCUUAGCACAUUUAUUAAGUUUCAUAUUAUUGGGUCUUUUUUCCUGUUUAUAUUAUCAUAGUCAUCAUUUUUCUGAUUUUGUUUACUUCAGUCUUCUCCAUUUUGUAUUAGUUUUCCCAAGAUCCUCAGAAUUUUUCAGAGUCCUCUUAUAGGUCAAUAAUAUUCUAUUAUAUUGAUGUACCAAAACUUGAUUAGCUAUUUUCCAGUUAUUGAGUCCUCUAGGUUUUUUUUGCUCAAAAAAAGUUAGAGUGAAUAUUUUUCUAUAUCUAUAACUUUCUUUCUGCCUUUGAGCUCUUUCUAUAUAUUCCCAGCAAUAGAAUCUUUAGGUCAAGGAGAAUAAACA